AUGAAAAACUUGGUGAUAUUUGAAAAGUUUCCCAAGAAACCAAAUCGAAAUAAGAAGAAACCACGUUCGAAACUACAUUUUUCACGUUUGUCCUUCGAUGAAACUUCUGACGAUACUCAUGAUGUCGAAAACAUAAACUCAACGGCGUCAGCAACCACUACAAAAUUUACACUCAUUGAAAUCAACACUGACCGUAAAUCUCAAGAUUUUUCUCGCGAUCCAAAUGAAUGUCCAGGGAUUCAUUGUUUCCAAGGCAAUCUCAAAGAUCUUCGUAGUCUUUUAUCAAAAGGAAGAACAGAUCCGAAUGGGCUUUAUCCAGUAGACCAUCAGUCGAAUAGUUAUCCUCUAUCAAUACUCGCAAUUCAACAACAACCAAUAUCUAAGGUAAUCAGUCUGUUAAGUCUCAUAGAAGAAUACAAUGGAAACAUUAUGAUCCGAGAUCCACAACUUAAACGUACCGUUUUACUCGAGUCUGCGUCAAAACUCAUGACGCGUGAACUCGAGUAUGUGGAAAAUUAUCCAAUCUUAAUCGAAUGGUUAGUGAGGACCAAAAAAUUCAAUAUUCACGAGGUGGAUAUUGAAGAGGGAUGUGGCAUCCUUCAUUUUGUGGUCCUCACGAAGUUUGAUCAAUGUAUUCCACCAAUUCUGGCGAAAUGUAUCGAAUUGGGCGCAAAUCCUCGUGCAGAAGAUUCUAAAAGGUUGAAUGCUCUCGCAUACGUGGCGAAAUUUAAAUCACUUCGCACACUGAUGGAGGUCAUGGAGAAAGUUCCGGCGAUGAGGGACGAGGAGACAUUGCAAAGAGCGAUUAAGAAAACACCAAAGCUGAGUAAACGUAGAGCUUAUCUUAAACGAUGGUUAAACGAGCGCUACUAUUCGGUGCAUUUUACUAUCUAG